AUGUUGCAGACUUGGUAUCUCGUCCUAGCAGCACAGGACAAGACGCCAUGGUAUCGGAAACCAAACCUACGCCUGCUCUACAUACUCCUGUUUCCGACAUGUAUCGGGGUGGAGAUGACUAGUGGAUUUGAUUCUUCAAUGAUGAAUGGCCUACAAGCUGUGGACUCCUGGGAUACUUUUUACCACUCUCCUCGGUCUACACUUCUUGGGCUAAUGUCGGCAAUUUAUUCCCUUGGCGCUAUCGUUGUACUCCCUAUAGUGCCGUAUGUCACUGAUCACUUGGGACGGCGGUGGGCGAUUGUCUUCGGAAGUAUUCUCAUGAUAAUAGGCGCGGCUCUCCAGGCAGCAUCUCAUAACUUCGCAAUGUUCGUAUGCUCUCGUCUUGUCUUGGGCUUCGGUAUUCCAUUUGCGAUCGUCGCUGCUUCAUCACUCAUUGGAGAAUUGUCACACCCUAAGGAGCGCGCCAUUUUGGGCUCCCUCUUCAAUUCUUGCUGGUUUAUAGGAUCGAUCGUUGCUGCUGGCAUUACGCUCGGCACAUUCAACAUGGACAGCAACUGGGGCUGGCGUAUCCCGUCCCUCGUUCAAGUCGUUCCUAGCCUGAUGCAGGUCACCUUCAUCUUUUUCAUUCCGGACUCCCCGAGAUGGCUCAUUUCCAGAGGUAGAGGCGAAGAAGCAUAUGCGAUCCCUCGCGACGUUGACUCUGAGUUUGUGAAAGCCGAAUACGCCCAGAUUGAGAAGACUUUGGAAUUAGAAAAGGAGACGGCCAAAACUAGUUGGAUGGAGCUGGUUACUACUUCUGGCAUGAGGAAACGUCUCGUCAUCGGCUCUUUAUUGGGCCUUUUCACUCAGUGGAGUGGUAAUGGCCUGACAUCGUAUUACUUGGCUCGAAUCUUGGACAACGUCGGCACGGGUACUAUAUCUAUCCUUCUCAUAUUCACGGGAUGGACGGUGGCUAGCGCAAAUUACACCCGAACGGAGAGCCACGGAUCCUCGGUUGCCGUCAUCGUGUUUAUCUUUCUCUACAGUCCGGCCUACAACAUGGCCUUCAACGCAUUGACAUACACGUUCCUGGUCGAGUUGUUCCCUUUCCACGUCCGAGCCAAAGGAAUCACUGUGUUUCAAUGGUUCAGUCGUAUGGCCGGCUUUUUCAACCAGUUCGUUAACCCGAUCGGGAUAGCUAACGCUGGUUGGAAAUACUAUCUCAGCUAUGUCGUCUGGAUUCUCAUUGAGGUGCUCACUAUCUACUUUCUCUUCCCGGAGACGGCCCACAAGACGCUCGAAGAAUUAUCUUUUCUUUACGAAAGCGAUAUCAAAGAAGAGCAAAACAAGCGUGUCGAAGAAGACUUGCAAGGAGAAAAGAAGCCGAGUGAACAAGAAGAUAAAGUGGAGGUGGAACAUGUGCAUUGA